CCGCGCGCGGGCCCGCGGGGUCAGUCGGAGCGCGGCGCCGAGCGGAGCGGAGCGGGGGCACAGCCGGGGCACAGCCGGGCACCAGCACCAGCAGCGACCGCAGCCGCACCGGAGCGAGCCCAGGAUGAUAAACACCCAGGACAGUAGUAUUUUACCUUUGAGUAACUGUCCCCAGCUGCAGUGCUGCAGGCACAUCGUUCCAGGGCCUCUGUGGUGCUCCGAUGCCCCUCACCCACUGUCGAAGAUCCCCGGUGGGCGAGGGGGUGGCAGGGAUCCUUCUCUUUCAGCUCUGAUAUAUAAGGAUGAGAAGAUCACUGUUAGCCAAGAUGUCCCAGUGCACGAAGGGAAGCCUCACAUUGUCCACUUCCAGUACAAGGUCACAGAGGUGAAGACCUCCUCCUGGGAUGCAGUGCUCUCAAACCAGAGCCUCUUUGUGGAAAUCCCUGAUGGAUUAUUAGCUGAUGGAAGCAAAGAAGGGUUGUCAGCACUGCUGGAGUUUGCUGAAGAAAAAAUGAAAGUCAACUACGUCUUCAUCUGCUUCAGAAAAAGCAGAGAAGAUCGAGCUCCACUCCUGAAGACAUUCAGCUUCUUGGGCUUUGAGAUCGUGCGGCCUGGCCAUCCCGCUGUCCCGUCACGGCCGGACGUGAUGUUCAUGGUGUACCCCCUGGAUCAGAGCUCUUCCUCCGAUGAAGAAUAGCUGCAGAGGGGGACUCCAGCAGGACCCCAAUUUGCUGUGGAGGGGAGAGGGGACCACCUCCUUUCCUGAGGAAAGGGAAGCCAAGCUUCUGUUGGACUGCAAGCGCAUUUCUCAUUGUUAGAUUGGGCUGUGUAUCCCCAGAGUUGACUCUCAUUGAAGCGUGUUGCCUAGAGAACUAUCUAUCACACAUGUAAUCAUCACUAGGAAAAGGAAGAUGUUCAUGAACUGGCAUAGGAGCUCUUCCCAUGCAGCUGCGUGGUGUGGGAGCCCUGGGGUCGGUACCACCUUCGGGACUCCUCCCGACCUGCGUCGGUGCCUCCUGCCCGCCCGGCGUGGGCUCAGCUGGGACACCUGUUCAUUUCCCACUCAAGACCUUAAAAACGGCCUGGCUUGGUGUGGGGCACGUGCAGGAGACGCUCGAGUCUAUCCUUUAACACUACAUUAAACCCCCCAUGCGUCUCCACUCCGAUGCUGGUUUAACUGGUCUAACCUUUAUUUUUCCCUUUUUUGAAAACUUCUUGCUCUUCCAGCUUUUGUUUUACGCAGUCUUAACCCUGUUCCAUGUUCCCACUGCACUAUCACGGCAUUCAAUAAAAGGGGCAUUCAGAUGAACUUCA